AUGCAACAGAUGAAUAAUGCGUUUUCUUAUGCUGCCGACAAUACCUUCAAUAGAAUGUAUAUUGGAAAAGUCAGAAAAACGACGACCACUCAUGUUCAUUCCGUCCUGAUAUGA